AUUUCCCUGGUGCCACUUUCGAUUCCGAGGGCUCAGCGCGGCUCUCCUGAGGGCAGCCCCGAAAAUGGAAGCCAGCCAGCCUGUCCACCUUCGCCGAGCCGGGCCCGGGGCGCUGCCAGGGACAGCUCGGGGCGCUCGUGAGGAGCAGCCGGGCCCGGCGACACCGUCCCGGGAGGCCGCGCGGGAUCGGCCCGGGGGGAGCGGCCCGGAACGGGCUGAACAGGCCGGAUCCACGCCUGCGCAAGCCAAGCCGAGCUCGAUGGCCUGGGGAAGGUUCCCCUGGGCUCCUCGAAGUCCGCUGGACGUGGUGGCCGUGCUGGCCGGGCUGGCGGCGAUCGGGGGGCUCGCUGUUGUCUUCUACAUUGAAGUAAUCGGACGCAAAAUGUGUCCUAAGAAGGAGGAAAACUAUGUGGCUUCCAUAGUGCUGAGUGCAGUUGCUGACACGCUGGGAUAUAACAAUGGGAAAUGGGAGUUCGAGAGGAGUGGCCCAAUCAUCCACAAGGAGCUGGCAGAGAUGGGGGGACUGGGCAACUUCAGCAUCCAAGGCUGGAGAGUCAGCGAUGAUACCGUGAUGCACUUGGCCACGGCCGAAGCCCUGGUAGCAGCCGGGAAAAACCCAAGCUUACCACAUCUCUACUCUCUGCUUGCAAAGAACUACAAGGAGUGCAUGAAUGACAUGGAGGGCAGAGCUCCAGGUUCCACGUCCCUGGAAGGCACCAGUAAGCUGGAACCAGGGAGGCGGAACGGCUGGCGUAUCCCGUUCAACCCGCGGGCGGGCGGCUGCGGGGCCGCCAUGCGCUCCAUGUGCAUCGGGAUGCGCUUCUACCGCCCUGCCCAGCUGGACACCCUGAUCAAAGUCAGCAUCGAGAGCGGCCGCAUGACCCACCACCACCCCACCGGCUACCUGGGGGGCCUGGCCUCAGCCCUCUUCACGGCUUACGCAGUGAACAGCGUGCCCCCCGUGGCCUGGGGGAAGGGGCUGAUGGAGGUGCUGCCAAAGGCAAAAGCCUACGUGCAGAAGUCCGACUUGUUCGUGAAGGAGAACAUGGAGCAAUGGUAUUACUUCGAAGAGCAGUGGAAGAAAUACCUGGCGGAGAGAGGCAUCUCGGAUGGGGUGUCAUUGCCCAGGUUCCCCUCCAAGUACGGCGUGGCAGAGAGAGACUCGUUCUACACAUCGCUGAGCUACAGCGGCUGGGGGGGCAGCAGCGGGCACGACGCGCCCAUGAUCGCCUACGACGCGCUGCUGGGCGCGGGGGACUCGUGGAUAGAGCUGGCCAACCGCGCCUUCUUCCACGGCGGCGACAGCGACUCCACGGCUGUCAUCGCCGCCGGAUGGUGGGGCAUCAUGUACGGCUUCCAGGGGGUUCCCCCCUCCCUCUACGCCCACCUGGAGUACAAGGAGCGCCUGGAGAAGGUAGCCAAGGAUUUGUACAGCAUCCUCUAAGCAGGAGAUGGUGGGGCAGCCCACAGGCACGCUUACCCAGCAGCUGUCCCGUGCUUGCUCGCUCCGUUUGCAAACUCAAUGGAUUAAAUCUCGUGAAUGUAAGCCAGA